AUGGACAGCAUAGAUGCAUUGACGACAAAGUUUUUCUCGUAUGACAAAAUGUACAGUCAGGAGUCACGCAAACAAAGCUUUGCAGACUGGCCGUUUAGAGAGGACUGCAACUGCACACCUGAGAAGAUGGCCAAGGCUGGGUUUGUUCACUGCCCCAGUCAGAAUGAGCCUGAUGUCGCCUGCUGCUUCUUCUGUCUGAUCGAGCUUGAGGGAUGGGAGCCGGAUGACGAUCCCUGGUCUGAACACAUUAAACGCUCCCCUAACUGUGGUUUCUUAAACAUGAAGAAAGACUUCACCAAGCUAACUGUGGCUGAAUUCUUUCAUAUGGAAAAGGAGAGGCUAAAGGUCUACCAAAGAAAGGUUUGUCAUAAGAAGAUGGCAUAUUUGCGGGAUGACAUAGACCAAACGCUUGAGAGCCUUAAAUCUCAGUUGGACUCAAUAUGA